AUGUCUCGUAACGUAACAAAGAAAUUGGAUAUAUGUCUGGGUAUUGAUGCGUUGAAAAUGCCGUUUUCACGGCUGGACUCGGCGUUGGGUCUCGUAGUCUAUUGGCUGGACGACAGUCUGCGACAAAAGCUGUCAAACGAUGUCUCGCAUCGCAACCGAGUCCUCCCCUCAACCGAUGGUAUACUCGUAUUCAGGCUUUCCACUCCAAUUAGAGGCAACCAAUUAAAGUCAUUUGAUGUGAUAAUAGCCAUAACCGGACAAAAAGUGAAUUCAAUGGACGAGUUUUACGCCGCGAUCGACGCUUUGAAAUGCGGGAAAAGGGUUUGUCUAACGAUGAGUGACGGCUCGGAAGUGGUGUUGGAAACCAAUGAAAACAUUUUGAAGACACUUAACGACAAUCAAAACACUUUCUUUGUAUGA